CGGCGCCUGGGGCCUGAGAAACUCCUGCCCGGCGCACCGAGUCUGCUCCCUGGGUGGUGCCAGGCGGGUCCCAGGACCCCAGGUAGGCGGAGCCUCCGGUUAGUGCUGGACAGCAGGAUUUUGACAUGGCCUGCACUCUUUCUCUGGAGCAGUACGGUGCUAAUCCAAAAGUAAAUGAGGAACUUAGAAAAAGAUUGCCAACUCCAGAUCAACAUAUUUAGAGAAAAUUGGAAAAGGAGAAGCUUACUACAGCUUUAUUUGAGGACUUUUUAAAGAACGCAGGGUUCUAGCUGUGAGCUUCAGUCUUGGAGGAAAAACCAGGGACAUUGCCAGAGCAAACAAGAACAGAAGUACAAAUGGAGGGCUGGUCAAAAGGUAUAGCCCACAUUCAUAUUGAGCAAGACACUACAGGGAGAAAUAAAAGUACACAGCUAGAUGAACAUCUAGCUAUGGAAUCUGAGGGAAGCUUGCAUCAGAAAUCCAGUGACUUAGGUAAUGAAGUCACAGAUGAAGACACUGAACUGCCGGAGCAGAUAUCAAGGAGUCUUCUGGUCAUUGGUCCUAAUCCAGAUGAUGAGAUGACUGAAAAGUGCAACAUUAUGGAAUAUAGAAAGAAUGAUCUACAUUAUGAAUAUAUAAUUCCUUAUCAAGUUACUUCAGAUGUAAAUAAAGAGACAGUAGCAUUUCUUCUAAAAGAAUUGGAUAUACUCAGAACAAGCAAUAAAAAGCUUCAAGAAAAACUGACUAAAGAAAAUAAAGAACAGAAAAAAUUAAAGUUUAAGCUGGAACUCCAAGAAAAAGCAAUGGAAGCUACAAUUGCUGAAAAGACAGCAGCUCUAGUCGAAGAAGUGUAUUUUGCACAGAGGGAACGUGAUGAAGCUGUUAUGUCUAGACUGCAGUUAGCCAUUGAAGAGCGCGAUGAAGCAAUUGCACAAGCCAAGCGUAUGGAAAUGUCUCUAAAAAUGCUAGAAAAUAUUAACCCUGAAGAAAAUGACAUGACAUUACAGGAAUUACUGAACAGAAUAAACAAUGCAGACACAGGGAUAGCUAUUCAGAAGAAUGGAGCUAUAAUUGUGGAUAGAAUCUACAGGAGCAAGGAAUGUAAAAAGAGAAUAACUGCAGAAGAAAUGAAUGCUGUGAUAGAAGAACGAGAUGCUGCUUUGUCUCAGUGCAAACGGCUAGAGCAGGAGCUUCAUCAUCUGAAAGAGCAGAACCAGACUUCAGCAAACAACAUGAGACAUCUGACUGCUGAAAACAAUCAAGAACGUGCUCUGAAGGUAAAGUUGUUAUCAAUGCAUCAAGCAAAAGAAACUGCAGUUGAACAAUACAAAAAACUAGAGGAAGAAAUUCAGACACUACGAGUUUACUACAGUUUACACAAAUCUUUAUCUCAAGAAGAAAAUCUGAAGGAUCAGUUUAACCAUACCCUUAGUACCUACGAAGAAGCUUUGAAAAACAGAGAGAGCAUUGUUUCCAUUACUCAACAACAGAACGAGGAACUGGCUGCCCAACUGCAGCAAACUCUGACAGAGCAAGCAAACAUGGAGUUACAGCUGCAGCGUGCAGUGGAAGCCUCGCAGGUGGCCAAUGAGAAAGCUCAGAAGUUGGAAAGGCUGGUGGAUGUCCUGAGGAAGAAGGUUGGAACAGGAACUCUAAGGAGAGUGAUCUGACUGAAAAAAACGGCAGUCUGGGGGAAGCGAUCACAUCUGGUGACCAGGCUGCUUCAUUCAACACUGUGUAAACACUAAAAGCCUUAACUUAGCAAACAGUUGUUAGAAGUGGGACACUCCAACCACAUUCCAGACUGAGAUAAAAUCAAAUCACAAAUGUUUAACCACUUUGCUGCUGACUUGAGUUAUUUAUCCAAAUAUAUUAACUUUUACCAAUGGGUAGCUAUAAGGUUGCAGUUUAUUUUGUAACUAUUUUAUAUCUCGAUGUGUUCAAUGUAAAUCUUUGUACUAUAAAACCACUAUAAAAGUAUAGUGAAGUUGGUCAGGAUCACAUCUUCACAUAUGGUCCUUUCUGAAUCAAAGUGCAGCAAAGUAAAUAUUGUCUAAGCCUUAAUCCACUGUGUUAGGUCAAAACUUCAAAUAAAUGCAUUUUCCAAUAUAGAGUAUAUUUCUCAGCUGAUGAGAAAGACUCAAGACAUGAGUGUGUAGUCUUCCCUAAUAUAUGUAUGCAAUCUUUCUUAGUAUUAAACGCUGUUAAGUAGAGAUGCCAUGAAAUAAAUGUAUACUUUGCUUUAAUAGUUUAUUAUGUUAAAAUUACAUUCAUCAAGUCAUGAUUUUCAUUUCACUCAAAAAUAAUGCAAACUUUUCAAUAAAAAGAUUGUUAAUGUGCACUUAUAAAUUCAUAGUUAGUAUUUUUGUAAUGUUGAGCUGGGUGAUUAGCUAAGCUUCACUUAACUGAAGAAAUGGCCAAGUUUCUGUCAAAUAGUCUGGGACACUUUGGGCUUGAAAAUUAGCAUGUGUCAGUAUGUCUGUAUCCUAAAAGGCAAGAAGUCAUCAAGUCUGUUCAUUAUUCUUAUUUAUUAUCUUUUUUUAGAUUUGAAUUUUUGUUGCGGAGAAACAGAAUACAGUAUAUAAUAUAUUACAAUGUAAGGGCUUAGGAAAGAGUAAACCUGCAAUUUGGUUCAGGUUACCUAUUUUUUUAAAAAUUUUAUUUAAGAGGUCACUUAAAGUAGUUAAAGCAUAUAAUAACAUGAAUAAAACUGAGAUAUUAUAUAUUUUGCUAUACAAAAAUACUUUUCUUUUUUAGAUGGAUUAGGUGAGAGACCGAUAGAAAAUGACUAUGCCUGGAGCAGGCUGAAAUAGACAAGCAGAGAUUGAAUUAUGGAAAGUGCAUAGUAAAAUGAAAAUUUUCGCUCAACCAUAGCACAUCAGAGAAGACAAAAA